CUUUAUUAUAAAUACGAUGUGCACAUGUGUCUUCUUAAGAGAAUUCUAGAGUGUUUCCUCCUGUUCACACAUUCAACAUGCUGGUGCAAAAGUUAAGCUGGAUCAUUUUGCUGCUCUUCCUGUGUCAACAUGGAGUAGAAGCCAAAAGAACAGUGGCCUGUGAAGGAAAAUCUAUGCGCCUCAGAUGUGUUUGGGGAUUAAUAAAGGUCAUUAAAGCCAACUAUGGGCGGACUGAUCGCACAACAUGCACUUAUGGCAUACCAGCUCAUCAAACCUCAAAUAUGCGCUGCUUCCGAGGAACAUCCCUCCAUACGAUGUCCACUCGAUGCAAUGGAAGAAAGAGCUGUUCUGUUCCUGCAGUGAACUCUGUUUUUUCUGACCCUUGUGUUGGGACUCAUAAAUACCUGGAUGUCUCCUAUUUGUGUCUACCAUUUAGAAAAAGUGUCACGUGUGAAGGCAGCCAAAGUCUCAUUGACUGUGGUAAUGGUGUGAUUUGGAUUCAUCAUGCGAAUUACGGACGACGGGAUCUUGUAACCUGUCCACAUAAAUUAGCAACAACACCAGACUAUUACUCUCCUCAGACCCGCAGCCUGCGUUCCAGGUACUACAGGAUACACUAUUAG